GAGGGGCGCGGCGCGGCGAUGCCGGUGAAGAAGAAGAGAAAGUCGGCGGCGGCAGCGGCGGACGAGACCGGCCUCAAGAAGUGCAAACUCGGCAGCUAUUGCAGAUCACAAGCCUCUGGUAAAGUGAUAAGUGGAGAGGAGCAUUUUUCAAGCAAGAAGUGCCUGGCCUGGUUUUAUGAAUAUGCAGGUCCUGAUGAAGUUGUAGGACCUGAAGGUAUGGAAAAGUUCUGUGAAGACAUUGGUGUUGAGCCUGAAAAUAUCAUUAUGCUAGUUUUAGCUUGGAAAUUAGAGGCUGAAAGCAUGGGGUUUUUUACCAAGGAAGAAUGGUUAAAGGGGAUGACCUCAUUACAGUGUGACAGCACAGAAAAGUUGCAAAGUAAAUUUGACUUUUUGCGGUCACAACUGAAUGACUUUUCUUCCUUUAAGAAUAUCUACAGAUAUGCCUUUGAUUUUGCAAGGGAUAAAGACCAACGAAGUCUUGAUAUUGACACUGCAAAAUCUAUGUUAGCUCUUUUGCUUGGAAGAACUUGGCCACUGUUUUCAGUAUUUUACCAAUACUUGGAGCAAUCAAAGUAUAGAGUUAUGAACAAAGAUCAGUGGUACAAUGUGUUAGAAUUCAGCAGGACUGUCCAUGCAGAUCUUAGCAACUAUGACGAAGAUGGUGCAUGGCCUGUUCUCCUGGAUGAAUUUGUUGAAUGGCAAAAAGUUCGUCAAGCAUCAUAGCACGAACAACUCCAGGGGGGAGAAAAGCAGGAUUUUUUUGAUGCCCACUUCUAUACAAACUAAUGAGAAGAAUAUAAGGGUUGUAUUUUCAUCCUUAUGAAAGACUUUACAAUAUUUUUUUUCCUUUUCUUAAGGAAGUUUUCUUGUUACAUGUGAUAUGGGCAUUGAACCACACCUCUUCUAAGACUGAAAGUUGGAGUUUUUGUUUUUGAGUCUUAUGUUAAUAGUGUUUAUUUCAGAAAAAUAAAGAAUCAGAUUUGUGACAACGGCCUAAAAGUGAAGGAUGUCCCUUGAAUGUGAGUGUGGUGUCUAUUUUUAAAAACCAAAAGUUUAAGAGUAUCUUUCUUAAAAGUGCCCUUGCCUAUGAGGGAGUUGGGGGGGGGUUUGUUUUGUUUUUUGUUUUAAAUUCUGGAACUUUUAAAGACAUGCUUAACUGGUCUUUUAGCUUGUUGAUGGUAUGAUUGUCUUGUGCUACACAAGUUAAGAAUGGUUGACCUUGAGCCUUAGUUAGUGGCUUGCAUACUAGUGCUGGGUCAUAGUGUGUGCCACAGCUUUCAGUUCUAAGUGGAGACAACAGCUUUAAAAUCUGUUUCUCCAGUACCCACUCAGGGCUUUGUCAUUUAACGGCAUGUCCACGUUAAGUAGAAAAUAGCAUGGAAUAUGGCUUCAUGCAGUAUGUAGUUGAGAAAACAGCUGCCUGUAUGUCAAAGAGUACCAACAUUAACUUGUCUAGUAUGCCUAGGUGGCUGCAAAUACUAUAGCUUUGCUUAUGGAUUGCUUUAAGUGAAAAAGUUCAAUUUGUUUUUUAAGAGGAAAACUAGAAAGACCAAGUGACUUGCCUCCAAGGCUUUUGCUGUUUAUGUACGUUAGAAUAGAAGCACGGUGAUCCUCGUCAACAUCUGCUCCCUGCAGGUUUUUCAUAGGACCAGAAGGGAUCAGUAGAUCACCUAGUGUGACCUGUAUAUCAUAGGACUUCAGUUUCACCUGGUUAAACCUUUACUGAACCCAAGGGCUGUUUUCUGUUGCCUUAUUUUGGAAUCUGAGACCAGCUGGCAACAUUUUAAAUCUUGGGGAGGCUGAUACUACUCCUUAAUGAAGACAGACGCUAGACUGAAGUUCUAAUGUUAUUGAUGAGGAAGAAGAAUUUAAUGAGUUAAUGUGGAAGCCCAGAAUGAGUGAGAGUGAAACAUUUGUGAUCCCUACCCUGUUGUAUUUUAUUACUCUAAACCAGUAACAUCAGGAAACUGCAGAGAGUGAUUUCAAGGUCCCUUUGUGCCAAAAGCUUCAAACACAGAAUGAAAAAUAUAGUGUGAUCUCUGUGAAAAGGACUAAGCCAGGCAUGACUUGAAGAGCUUUGCCUCAGGGAAGCGAUUCUGUUUUGCACAACACUUUUCCAGCCUAACAAAGACAAGGAAGAUCCAUGCUUGAGGAAAGCUUUAUUCUUAAGUUCAGUAACUGUUUUUUUUCAGUAGAAAAAAUAAGUAAUAGUGUGUGUUCAUGUUCUUAUUCUUAAAGAAAGAACUUCUACUACUCCUCAGAUUUAAUUACUGUUCAGAGUGCAGAAACAUUGACAGUCAGUGCUGUCCCAGAAAAAGUUUUACAAGAGUCACUUUAUACUGUAGACUUACACUUUUUCCUCUUAGAACUAUAGAAGAAUAGGGUAAACCUAUAUUGGCUAUCUGUGUGCACAUGCAUCUGUGUGCACAUGCAUAAACUGUAUAGCUGAUUUAAACACUUUUUUCAGGCCUUGGGAGAAAGUUCUUAACUUCAGUCCAGUAAAUCUGAUACAGUUUACAACCGUUUCUCCCAGUUUAUGAAAGUCACAAGUUUUGCAUUUGCUUUGCUGGUACUUGCACCCACAACUGAGUGCCUUUUAGUUGAAAAUUGUCCUGCAUUUCCUACAGAGAAGCAGCACCAGCCCCUGUGAGUUAUUUCAGGAGUCUAAGGAUCCACUGGUAAAGGCAGGGUCGUAAGGUACAUGGGAUGAGGAAGCACCAAAUAAUUACGUAAAAUCUGUAUUGUGUAGAUGCACUAAAUAUUGCAAAGACAUGCAUGAAAUAAAUUGUUGAACUUUCCUGUAAUGACAAGUUUGGGCUGGGAAAAAAUAACUUUUUUUCCCCCGCCCUUCUUCACCUCUUUCCUCCCUCCAAGUGUUGGACUACAAGUUAGAUGUUAAACAUUGUGAAGUGGGGACAGGGGAGGGAAUAUGCUUUUAAGUAACUAGGUACUGUUGUGAAUUCUGUUUUAAACAACUUGAUCUGAGAAGGUGGUAUUGGUGUAUAACAGUGGGAGUGAUGCAUCUGCCAAUGAUCAGAUGUUCAGAUAGUAAAUGUGAAGGUAGACACUUUGUAAAGCAUAAUUUGUAUCUCUGUUAAGCUUUUAUCAGUAUUCCUAUAAUAAAUCCAUAUUUCAGGGAUUUAUAACUUGGUUGUGCGUGUGUUUGAGAAUCGUGAGUUUAUUGUAAAAUGUAGGCUGGGAAUGAAUGUAUUUAGAGUAAAAAUCAGUAUAAUUUUUCGAACUAAAUAAAAAUAGGAUUUUUAAGUUAUGAGGGUUUGUUGUGCUCAUAACUGCAGUCAGGUUUGCUCUUUAAAUGUGAAUUACUGCCUUGUACAGUUUCAUUGUGGACUGGUCACUUUAGCUGUUUUACUGGAGGGGAGAGGAUGUACUUAACCUCCUUACAGCUUUUUGCAUAUAAGUGCCAAAAAAGCUACUAAAACAUUUAUUUUCUUGUGUUCAUGUCCACAAACCAAAUCUGAGCCCAUCUGAAUACUUUAGCCUAGGAAUUUUAGUUUUGCUUUCAGAUGAAUUUCAAUCUAUUAAUUUAAAUAUAGCUGCAACAAGUUUUUGUCAAUUUUUUUUAAAGACACUGGAUUAAGU